CGCACAAACUUGCUACGACUGCAUGCAAUAUUAAAUCGCUGUGAUCGUAGCGAUAUAAUUUGUUGACGUUCAGAACGCACCAAUAUGAGUACGGAAUUUACAGAGAAAUUAAUUAAAAUUAUUAAAAAAUAUCCAGUACUCUUCGAUCUGUCGCACCCUGAUUAUAAGAAUGUUCGUGUUAAAAACAAGGUUUGGAACGAAAUUAGUAAGAAACUAAAUUUAGGGACAACAGGAGGCAAUGACCUCAAAAAACGAUGGAAAAACUUGAGAGAUUGUUACUCAAAAUACCUACGUUCUAAAAAAACCCGAACUGGACAGCAAGCCAAGUCUAUUUGCCGCUACAAGUCAUGGCCUUGGGCACAACACAUGGAAGCAUUCCGGCCCUUCUUACAGUUUGGUCACACAGAAUUCAAUAUUUCCGAUCUUGGCGCAGAACCGUCUCCAGAAGCAGGUGCUGAAGAAACCGACACUUCUAAUGUUCAGAGUGAAAUUACGAAGAUAGAAAUUUUGCCAUUUGAAAUAAACAACACCCAAGAAAAACAUCAGGAAAAAACCCUAUAUACUAAAAGAAAAAGGCCUGAACAACCAAAGUCACAAACUACUUUUGUUGACAAAGUUAUAAAUUUUUUGGAAAAGCAUCAACAUAAAAACACUGAAUCAAGUCCUGAUGAAAUAGAUUUAAUGUUUCAAGGAUAUGCAGCUAGUGUAAAGAAACUGUCUAUACGACGUCAAACAUUAGUCAAAUAUAAAAUCGCUAAAUUAAUAAUGGAAGAAGAGUUAGCGCAACAAGCAGAAGCAGAAACUCAAGCAGAAAAUCUGGCAGGAUCAAGUUUUUCUGUAGACUCUUCAGCUUUGUCCAGCUCCACAAUAAAUAAAAUCGACAAAUGAUGAAUAUAUGUAUACCCAACCAGGGCCGGAUUAAGGUGGGGGUACGAGAUCGGUGGGCCUCGGCAAGAUCAAACCAAAAAGUGUUUUGAAAUUUUAUAUCGACAAGUUGUUGAUUAGGUUUUGAAAUUUAAUAUCUUUUUUUGGAAAGAGGGCCUACGUAGACGCGGACCUCACUAUAGGUUAAUCCGGUUCUGUACCCAACGCACAAAAUAUACCGGAAGGAUCUUAUAGCGUCUGGUAACAUGAUUUAUGUCGCAAAGAUAUUUAAGAUUUUAGAUAGGCAAUCCAAAAAUCUACUAAGUUAU